UACAUUUAUAAAGCCACAGAGAACCAGUAUAUAUUAAUAUUUAGUAGUUUUAUUUUUGAUGUUAUAUCAGCCGAACGGAACGGACGUAUUUCAAAAGUGUGCCUGUGCUUAGUCAAAAAAAAAAAGAAACGACUAUGACUAUUUUCCCGCGCAUUAAAUUCAAUGGUGUCGGUUUUACACUUCUUGUUAUUUUUAUUGGACUACAGUUUAAGAGCAUCCUACAUACUAUUUCUGUGAUCGAAGUAAAGGUGUUAUUUCCAUUGAUACGGCUGGUUCAGAUAGCUAUCGUCAGUCUAUACCCGACAGACCAUUCUAUAUAUCCCGCACAAGCUAAUGUACAUGAUUCCCAAACGUUUGACUUCAUAAUAGUGGGUGCGGGAUCAGCUGGGUGUGUGCUGGCAAACAGACUCACAGAGGUUUCUGACUGGAAUGUCCUGCUGGUGGAAGCAGGAGACGAUCCGCCAAGAGCUUCUAUUAUACCAGGCUUAUCAGUAAUAGUAGCCGCCGCUCUACCUGACUGGAACUACUUUACGGUCGACGAUGGAUACUCCAGCCAAGCGCUUAAAACAAAAACCAUCCACAGCCGACGAGGUAAGAUGCUCGGAGGAUCCAGCGGGAUCAACUUCAUGUUUUAUGUGAGGGGAAAUCAAAACGACUACGACAGAUGGGCUCAAGAUGGCAACGAAGGUUGGAAUUGGGAUAAUGUCACCAGAUACUUCAUGAAAAGUGAAAAUAUGAAAGACGAAUCCAUAAUGAACAGCACUGCAGGUGAUUUACACGGUUCUGAAGGGUUCUUAAGCGUCACACAACCGGAUUGGGAGGAUAAAACUAAAGAUUACAUAAACGCCUUCAAAGAACAAGGCCAUGAUAUUCUUCUGGAUUAUAAUGGACAACAGCAGUUAGGAUACGGCAUGUCUAGCUUUACAUCUGAUGAGAAAGCUCGACAAAAUACAGCCUAUGCAUUCUUAAGCCCUAUAAAAGACAGGAAAAACCUUCACGUACUCAAAAAUACUCUCGUGAGAAAAAUUCUUGUGAACAAAAAUAAACGAGCAAUAGGUAUUGAAGCUAAGCUUCCUGGGGGACAAAUAAUAAAACUGAAUGCAAAAAAUGAAGUCAUAUUAUCAGCUGGAACCCUUAACACUCCGCAGUUACUGAUGCUGUCUGGAAUAGGACCUAAAGAUCAUUUAGAAGAAAUGAAAAUAGACGUAGUACUAGAUUCGCCAAACGUCGGACAAAAUAUGCAGGAUCACAUAUUAGUUCCUAUACUUAUUAGUGGUAAAAAGAAAUUUGUAUCAAUAUUAGACAAUAUUCAUCCUUUAUUAGAGACCGGUCGUUUUCCGAUACCAUCAUUUUUGGGAUUCGUGGCUCUGAACAAGUCUCAAGGUUAUCCAGAUUAUCAGAUUACUGCUAUACCUACGGCUACUGCAACACUUUUGGGACCGUUAUUAUGUUCGGAUACAUUUUCAGUAAAAGACAGUUCCAUCAUCGCCAUAGCUGAUGAAACCCAAACCAGAGGGAGUCUGUUCUCACUAGUAACCCAUCUUCACCCAAAAUCUAGAGGUAGCAUCAAACUGCGAAGUAAUAAUCCUGAAGACAGUCCUCUCAUCUACUCUGGCUACUUUAGCAACGAAGAAGAUUUGGAAAGCUUUGCAAAAUACGUUGAAGAUUACAUUAGUGUAAUCAAUACAACGUAUUUUAAGGAGAUAGAAGCAGAAGUUAUUGAUCUCAAAGUUGAUGAAUGUGGAGGUUUCACUUUCGGCAGUCAUGAGUAUUGGAGAUGUUAUGUUUUAAACUUGGCUUCUACACAAUAUCAUGUUGUAAGUACUUGUAGGAUGGGUGCGGAAGGUCAUGGCGUGGUAGAUGCCAGGUUGAGGGUACGGGGUGUCACAGGGCUAAGAAUUGUGGACGCUAGUAUAAUGCCGUCCAUCACGAGUGGAAAUACAAACGCUCCAGUGAUCAUGAUUGCUGAAAAAGCUGGUGACAUGAUCAAAGAAGACUAUGGAGUAAGAUUAGUUUAGUAUAGUAGAGCAUAGUAAACAAUAACAAUUAUGUACGUGAGAAAAUUUUACAUCCGUUAACCCUUCGAGUUCCCAGAAUGCAGAUCUACGCGAGACAAUGUGUUUUGUAUUGUGUUAAGCGGUUAAGUAAAAUUUUAUAAUGAUGA